AGGAGCUAAUAUUGAUAUGCGUAUGCAGGGGCUUGCUGGCAAGUAAAAUGUAUAAGACUGCAAAAGCAAUUGUGACAAAUCUUGUUUCCUUUAUAGAUGCAUAUGGUUAUGUACUUAAUGGUGCAAGAGCCUAUUACACUAAUCGGAGCCAGCCUCCCCUCCUGAGUGCAAUGGUUUUUGAAAUAUACAACCAAACAGGGGAUGUUGAACUGAUCAAAACAUGUCUUUCUGCAUUGCUUAAAGAAUAUAAAUUUUGGAAUUCAGGAAUACAUGAGGUGUCCAUCCAUGAUGCUCAACAAAACAAAUACAGUUUGAGUCGGUAUUAUGCAAUGUGGAACAAACCCAGGCCUGAAUCUUCGACCAUUGACAAACAAUCUUCUUCCAAGUUCUUGAAUGCUUCUGAGAAACAGCAAUUUUACCGUGAGUUGGCUUCAGCUGCUGAAUCUGGAUGGGAUUUCGGCACAAGGUGGAUGAGGGAUACUUCUGAAUUUACAACAUUGGCCACAACUUCAGUUUUACCUGUUGAUUUAAAUGUAUUCAUACUCAAGAUGGAGCUUGACAUUUCCUUCUUGGCAAGAGAAAUUGGAGCGGAUGGUAUUGCUGAGAAUUUCUUAAAAGCAUCUCAAGCUAGACAAAGGGCAAUAAACUCUGUUUUUUGGAAUGAAAAGAUGGGACAAUGGCUAGAUUAUUGGCUCAGUAAUGGCACCACUUGCAAGGUGGAAUCUCAGACUUGGGAAGCUCAAAAUCAGAAUCAGAAUGUAUUUGCUUCAAACUUUGUCCCUUUGUGGAUUGAUUUGUUCAAUUCAGAUACUCCUCUGGUGGAAAAAGUAAUGAGAAGUCUCCAAACGUCAGGCCUGGUCUGUGCUGCCGGAAUAGCAACUUCUUUGACAAACUCAGGACAACAAUGGGACUUCCCAAAUGGUUGGGCUCCACUUCAACACAUGAUAGUUGAAGGUUUGGCCAGAUCUAAAUUAAUAGAAGCUAGAUCAAUGGCAAAAGAGAUUGCUGAGAGGUGGAUCAGAACCAACUAUGUUGCCUACAAGAAGACAGGUGCAAUGCAUGAGAAAUAUGAUGUUGAAAAAUGUGGUGAAUCUGGAGGUGGUGGUGAAUAUGUGGUCCAGACUGGAUUUGGUUGGUCUAAUGGAGUUGUAUUGGCAUUCUUGGAAGAGUUUGGAUGGCCCCGAGACCAAAGUAUAGAUUGCAUUAGCUAAUUAGACUCUGCUGAUUAUAAAUUUUAAUAACAAAACCGUUCAAAUAAUUACUACUUAUGGGUUUUGUUGCCUUCCAGGGCCUAUUUUCUCUAUAAACUAAAUACAGCAUUUGUUUUUUUUCCCUCCCCUUUUUCUCAGGAUAAUUACCUGUAAGUUGACGGGUUGACGUAUUUUCUUUUCUUUUUCUUUUCAGUAGUUUUAUUUUCUUAAUGUUUGUUUUUAAUCGUUUUGAUUUUAAAC